GUGGCUUUGGUUUGAGAAAAUUCUGACGAGUAUUGUAUCUCUUUUCUGAAAUCUCUCACUCUCCCGUUUCUCUGAUAUGAUAUCUCUCUCAAAUCCCUAACCUUAGCAUCCUUGCUACCGGCGUCGCCAAGGUGAGCCUGAUCGCCGCCCCAAAUCCUAGCCUCCUUUCCGACGUCGUCCAGUUGGCCCUACUGCGCCUCGCUGAUUCAAAGUUUUCGUUGCACUCACCGUGUCUCAAACUCCACAACCCUCCUCUUCAGACUCUGAUCUGUGCAAUUUUGAUGAUGGAUUGGCAAGGGCAAAAGCUAGCGGAGCAGCUGAUGCAGAUUUUGCUAUUGGCAUUCGCUGCUGUUUCUUUCGCGACUGGCUAUGUAUUGGGAUCUUUCCAGAUGAUGAUGCUAAUAUACGCUGGCGGUGUGGUUCUCACCACAUUGGUGACAGUCCCCAAUUGGCCUUUCUUCAAUCGCCACCCGCUCAAGUGGUUGGACCCCAGUGUGGCCGAGAAGCAUCCCAAGCCGCAACAGCAGCAGGCUGUGAGUUUGAAGAAGAAACCUGCUAAGAAGUAGGUCAGUUCGACUGAUCUAUCUUAGUAUAAGCAAAUUUGCUAGGGGUUGAAAAUCGAUGUUUUUGUGCGUUUGUUUUUCCUUCCUGAUAUGGAUAAUACAGUGUACUUGAUUGCCCUGAAUUUUGGACCUUGAGACAAUGGGUAGAAAGAAUUUUCUUUUCUUGGUUUUGAUCA